CAAAACAGCCAUGGGACUGGGAGGAGAGGAGAGGAUCUACGAAACUUCGAUUUGGGGGUUUUCUUUUCUUCUAGAUCCUAGCUAAUUCGUCUAAAGACGUCGCCUUUUGACGACGACGACGACGACCCUUUCUCUCUUUUUCCUCCGCCUUCCUCCCACGCACAACAAAUCUCUCCCUCAGAUAUGCCUUCCAAUACGGCGUCGUCUAGCUCCGCCCCCGCCGGAUCUGCAGAUUCUUCCUCCUCCCGUACAAAAUCCAAACGACCCAAGUAUUCGAAGUUUACACAGCAGGAGCUCCCUGCUUGCAAGCCGAUUCUCACGCCUGGUUGGGUGAUUCUGACUUUUUUAGUCAUUAGUGUGAUCUUCAUUCCACUCGGAGUUGUUUCGCUUUUCGCUUCCCAGGAUGUUGUCGAGAUCGUUGAUCGGUAUGAUAAUGAUUGCGUACCGACGCCUGCUAGGGCUAACAAGGUUGCUUAUAUUCAAGGAGGUGCAGACAAAUCUUGUAACCGGACACUAGUGGUUCCUAAGAAGAUGAAGCAGCCUAUCUACGUUUAUUACCAGCUUGAGAACUUUUACCAGAAUCACCGCAGGUAUGUGAAAAGCAGGAGUGAUGCGCAAUUGAGAAGUGUAAAAGAUGAGAACCAAAUCGAUGCUUGCAAGCCUGAGGAUGAUGCUAAUGGGCGGCCGAUUGUGCCGUGUGGUCUGAUUGCUUGGAGUCUCUUUAAUGACACAUACGCUUUAUCCAAAAACAACCAGCCUUUGAAUGUAAGCAAGAGAGGCAUUGCGUGGAAGAGUGAUAGGGAACACAAGUUUGGCAAAAAUGUGUUUCCCAAGAACUUUCAGACGGGCAAUCUCACCGGUGGUGGCAAGCUAGAUGAAAAUAAAUCGCUGAGUGAGCAAGAGGAUCUGAUUGUGUGGAUGAGAACCGCAGCUUUGCCAACGUUUAGAAAACUGUACGGGAAAAUUGAGAGUGACCUGGAGAAAGGUGAUACCAUAAACGUGAUUCUGAAGAACAACUACAACACGUACAGUUUCGAUGGGAAGAAGAAGCUUGUUCUGUCGACAACUAGUUGGCUCGGUGGAAAGAAUGACUUCCUCGGCAUUGCUUACCUCACGGUUGGAGGAAUCUGUUUCUUCUUGGCACUUGUAUUUACCAUCAUGUAUCUUGUGAAACCAAGGCGACUUGGAGAUCCUACUUACUUAUCCUGGAACAGAGUUCCCGGUGGUGGUCGGUAAACAAAGACUCUUUAUGUAAAUCUCUUUAUCUAUGAUUGUAAUUUUUAGCCAAAAACUGCGAGUGAUAGUUUGUAUUUAUAGAUGUGUAAGUGUGCAUGAUGAUGUUACAGUUGAAAGAUGCCCACCAUGAUUGAUACUUCCUAUUACCUUUCUC